AAAUGAAAUGGACUACCGUAUGCCAGCUUAAUUUCUUCAUCACCAAUUUAGUAUGUACGUCGACAUCAGUGACAUGGGAACGUGAGCCAGGUGUAAUGAGAAUCGGCGAACCGGUGACUUUGAUAUGUACCGUCCAUGAUGAAAAUACUAUUGACUAUAACCGGACACGCCAAUGGUUAAAGGGGACAGAAUUGAUCGUGUACAAUGGUCAUUUGGAUAAACCUUCAGAAUAUAAAGAAAUAUUGACCAGUCAUAACCAGUUUAAGCUGUUGAUCAAAAACCUUACAGAAUCAGAUUUGACAUCCAAUUAUCAAUGCCGUUACGGUUUCGAUACUGUCACGAGAAGGUUACAAAUAAAUGGAGGGAUUUUCGAAUAUCCUCCCACUGUUAAAACAACGAAUGUCAUAUACAACACGUCUAGCAAUGGACGGACAUCUAUACAUCUUCAUCUUGCAAAAGUUUUUCCAUUGCCGAAUUGUACUUUAGCUUUAGAGAAUAACUAUUACCAAUUCAGAAAUUCCUCCAUUCUCAGACAUAGCGUUUAUUACGAAGUCUUCUUGAAUUGUGAAGUUACUAGUUGCAACAUUAAACCAGAGAUACAUUGUCUUUUGAUUAAAGAAUAUCCGAUACCAUGGACGGUGUUUCUAGCCUGUAGAGGUAUACUAGUAAUUAGGACUAUUUUUUAG